AUGACUAGUGUUGAUAGAAAAUGUGUUUCAUUUACCGGACACAUUCCCAGGGACUCAAAGCUGGGUGUGUUGUUUGUUGAUGGUGGUUGUGGUCUAGAAGAUGAGUCAGACUGCCUCAGUCAAGAGGUUAUUUCUGCUUUUCGUUUAGUAGCUAAAGAUAAAGGAGAACUGUCUGCUCUUGCUUGGGCAAUCUCGUUACUGGAGGAGUAUGAGGAGUCUGAUCUUAAGAUUAGAGAAAGUCUAAAGAAACAGUUUUCUGAUUUGACUGUACCAGAUCAAUUGAUUGAAAAGGAAUAUUUAAAAGAUGCCAUGAUAAGAAGAUUAGAAAGACAGCUACAGGAGAAAGAGAAUGAAAUAAAAAUAUUAAAAGAACAAAAAUCAACUUAUACAAAGCAACUUGAAACUAAUGAGGAAAGAAUUGAAGAAUACAAAACAAAAGUAUUUUUAUUAGUUAGUACACUAUCAGAUAAAGACAUGUUAGUCAAUACAUUACAAUCUUUACUGGAACCAGACAAGGCCCCAACCCACCAAUCUCUCUCCUACUCUCGUAAAACCAGUCUUGAUACUCUUAAUGAAAGAGGAGGAGGAACAGGCCCCGGGGACAUUGCUCUAUCAGAAAGACCAGUUCCCCAGUCUACCCUACUACUACUCAUGAGUCUGUAUCACACAAGCAGCAGCAGGAGGAGCCAUCACUACCAACUUAUGAUCAACACAUGCUGGGAGUAAUAGGACCAGUUGUACUAUACAAUCAACCAAUCAACCAAUAUUAAUA